AUGUUACCAAGUCAAUCAGAUUUCGCUCCCAUGAAUUACAAAGCUCCACAGAAGAAAGAGGAAGCGGGUACAAUUAGCCUGGAUCACAUGACUGAGUUUAUUUCAGAGUAUAUUAAAUGUGACCAGCUAGGUGAGUCUGUCGUGAACAAUGGUGAAAUUGAUUGUUGCAAUGUCGUCUGCGGAACAAUCAAACAUACUUAAAUUUGAAAAUGGAUCAUUCCAUUCUAUCCGGAACCUAGCAUCAUUCCAUUCUAUCCCGUACCUAUCCAUAUGAGUGAACCGAGUGAAAAAUUUAAAACACUAAGACACUGUUACUAACGCUCGAUUUUUAUGAGGCGUAUGCACCUCCGAGGUUUACUAGAACAGUAUAGAUUUUCAAUUAGAACAGUAAAUUUUACUAAGUUUGGGCAGGUGCCUUGCAUGGUUCUUCGAGUCCAGUUUGCGCCUCGCCCAUUUAGGGUCUCCGAAUAAUUGACUUUAUAAUUAGACUUUGUACAUAUACUUUAGUGGACCCUAAUAAAGACAAUAAUAAUAAUAAUAAUAAUAAUAAUAACGUGGAAUCAGCACUCUGCCUUCAGCUUGCCGAACUCCACUCCCUCGCGGUCGACGCGCCGAAAACCGGUUUGUGGCAGGAAGUUCCGGUUAAUGCCCGGUUACGAGAAUACCCGGAUUUCAUGAUGAAGACGGACAAGCCUUCGUAUCCUUCACAAAAAAUUCUCGGGAAAUUAUAUCGCGAAUGCAAGAAUUUCCAGCAGUCCAUGAAUUUCCGUCCACCUCAGAGAACGGGUCACGUGGACCCAAGGUUCCUCGCGCAAGGCUUCGAGGAGUACGUGGAGUCCGCGCGCGAAACACUCGCGGAGUACACGGAGCAUAUCGAGAACGUGUUGAACCUCUAUGGAAUACAGACGGAGGAAGAGUUAAUGAGCGGCUGUUUUUACAAGCUUCAGAAAAAGUUGGGUCGGGAACGGCAACAGGUUGGAUCUUUAAUCUUCAACAGAUUAUGCAAUAAAAUACUUAAAGCACGCGUGUCUGAUGCGGAAGAACGCCAAAGGACGCGGAAGCAUUUCGAAAGUGGAGCAAAAUGAAUAUUUUUGAAUAUAUGGAGUCUCUUAUAACGUCGGAAAUGGCCUUUACAGAGUCUUUACUGCAACAAAAGAGCACUUUCUUUCCAGCAAAAGAGGGCGUUCAUUUAAGAAAUACUUUUUUCGUUCUUUAAAUGGGGUACUUUAUAAACCCAGAAAAAUUGCACUUUUUUCACUUUAAAAAAAGGGAGGGGGGGGGGGGCACAUGUCCCCCUUCCCGGUUCCGCGGUCCCCGAAAAGCGCUGCCAGUUAUAUAUAUAGUUGCAAAAAGCCUCCUACUCUAAAUUCUAUUGGUAACCCUGAUUGGGCAGUCACACCCUGUUUAAACAACAAUUAAAAAAUUAUUAAUAUUAUCAACAGGUUGCCGACGUCGUGCGUCGAUUGAUGAGCGAACUCAGGACGACCUUUCGUCGAGACUUCUUCCUGGAAUUCUCGCGCGAUUACACACCGCUGACCAAGUUUGAAGUGACCGAGGAAAUGCAAAAGAAAGCAUCGGCAUGGUAUUACGUUGCCUACCAAAGCGAACAAACCACGAAGGAUUCCGAAGAACAGCCGAAACGCUUCGUCGGCUUUCCAUGGAUCGUCGACGACGUACUAGUCACCAUUCCACUCGCCGAUAAACGGUCACUGAAAGAGGGCAUGUCGGAGAAAAACGCUUACUCAGCAAUUGAGAACAGCUUGGGCGACUUUUUCGCAAAACAAGCGAGAAAACUAUUGGAAGACUACGAACAUCGACUACAAGUUAAAUCCUUUAUCCAAAACGCCAUUAAAGAAAAUUCGCGGGUCAACGGUGUGGUCAUGUUCGGUUCUUCGGCUACGUUAUUCUUUGAAGAUACGUCAGAUAUCGACCUCUGUGCGGUGCCUAGCAACAAGUCGGGUUGCGUGGUGAGCAAGGACGCCCUAGAAUUAGCCGGCAAUAUAACCCAGCCUGAUCAAAAAGCCCUCCUUCGUAAACUGGAGCCGUUACUACGAAGAAUUUAUAACGGGGUGCACUUUGUUGGAGCUAAGGUCCCAAUAUUUCGUUUGGCCGGCUUAAAAGGAAUAGAAUUCGGUUCCAAACUUUGCGUGGACUUUUGUGUUAACCCCGACGGAUUCCUAAAAGGCAUGGUCGUGUCCUGGUACAUCCAUAAAUACCCACCACUGUUGCCGUUACUGCGCAUGCUCAUACAAUGGGCACGUGAUUCAGGCCUGAUUAGCAAACGCGAAGGUUGCUUCAUUAACACAAAUGUACUCGUGUUCAUGUUGUUAUCAUUCUGUGUCCGUGCUGGCUGGGUAGCCGAGCCUGAUGUAGAUGAAAUUCGGGAAGAUGUGGAAAACACUGCCAGAAACAAGGUUUGGAAGAAGUUCUUACAGUUUCUAGUUAUCGACAGUGACUUCUUUCUCCCUUAAAAAUGCCCGUGAACAACUGAUGAGGUCACUCCAAGAUGGCUGCCACAAGUCUCAUUACCCUAGUGGCAAUUGCUAGAUAGUAUACUUCAAAAUAAGGUUUCCGUUUUUAUAUCAAUUUUUUAAAAUGUUAGGGUUAGGUUGGGGUUUAGGUUGGGGUUUAGGUUAGGGUUAGGGUUUAGUUUUGCGUUAGGAUAGUUUUUUCUACGUUACAAAAACGGAAACCUUAUUUUGAAGUAUACUAUCUAGCGAUCACCAUUACCCAGUGUUUAAAACGUUCUAAACCUCUUUAAAAGAGAUGUGGGAAGCUAUAUUUUUUUAAGUUAUAUAUGAAAACACAUUUCCUUGAUAAUGUAGCUAAAGUUAAACACGUCGCGAUCCGAUUUGCAAAGAUUUUGACGGACUUUAAAAUCUCAUCUCAUUAUAAAUAUUCUGGCUUCAAAACUGGCUCAUUGCUCAGUGCAAGGAGGGGUGAGGUUUUGCAUGGGGGUGGUGCAUGAGGGACCCUUACUGUCCACCCUCCUCUGCAGUCUGUAACCGCUAGUAUCCCAACCUUAUCAUCAUUUCAGAUGGUCGAAUCUGCAUGUUCGCCGUUCUGUUACGUUUUACGUUAUCUUAUUGUUUAUAAAGUUUAUAUAGGGUUGUGUUUCGGGUAGUUCUGGAGCAGGGGCUUAUUAGACGUGGGGGCUAAAUAGUAAAUAGAGGAAAUACGGUACAUGAAAAGGUUUUGUAUUUUUGUGAAAUUACAGACAAAAGAUGAAGAUCUUGUAUCGAAAUGGAAAGAAACGUUAGCGCUUCUGUUAGACAAUACAACUGAUGGCGCAGAUGCUCACGAGAAUGACGAAAUGGAAGACAUCGACGAAAUCCAGCAGCACCACUUUAAGUUAGGUCCCAGAAACACACCGCUCGGCUACGUGCUACUGGAAUUCUUCCGUCGCCACCAGUCCCUUCUCGAUUCCGACAUCCCAGAAGCCUUCGUGGAAUUGCUUGACGCGGACCAGUUCCAGUCCCUUCUAGGCGAAGGCGAUGCGCAGUUGCUUCACGAUCAAAUGCAACGGGCCUAUCACAUACUCGCAUUGCAUUGUGACGUCACAGUACUGCUAGAGGUAUCUUCCUCGAAGGAUCAAAUCUCCUGUCAUCUAACGGACCAGCUGUCUGCAUGGAUCGCGGGCUCGGAAGGUCAUCAUUCCAAAUUGUUCUCGGAGAAAUCUGGGGCCAAGGUUCGGAUCAGGCCACGCCUCCCCGGACUUGGUACCAAUCUUCUGCUAGAAGCCUCGGGCACAGCCGUUGCUUUAAGGUUUGAACAAUUAUUUGAACAUAUUUAUUGGUUGGUAGAUUUUAGUAGUGAACUUUGUGUAUAUCACAUAACAUUAACAUAUACAAUACUUCUCGAUUAUAUUUACCUCUUAAUAAAAAACUGCUGAAUACAAUGAAAAAAAUUAACAUUAUUUUAUCACUCUGAUAACUAUAAAUUUACAGAAUAAAUUACACCCAAUCACCAUUCGGAAUAACUUCCCUCUUAUAAAAAGUGCAUUUAAUUUAAGAGGAGAUUUUUUUGUAUGUUACGUAACACGCGCUCAAAACUAAUACGUAUAAUAUACCACUUGGGAAAUGACUAAAUUCAAAAUUUUUAUUUUUCGAUACGUUUCUCAAUCGUCAAACAAACUUAAAAAGUAUGUUUAGUGUUUCAUUUAAAAAGGUAGCUAACUGUAUAAACUAGAGAAUAAAGCUAAAACAAAGUAAUUUUGAGAGGAACGCCAAAAAGAUUUUAGGUUUUGAACACUUUGCAUCGCAAAUACGCGACAUUGAAAAAAAAUCCCUCUUAUUCUUAAUCAUUAUCUUUAAUGCAGCUGGCUGAAGUGGUUCUUGACUUGUUCUUACUUCUGGUCAAAAACAAUAUUUCCUGGUUUAAUGUUUUCCCAACAGAUUAUGUUUUGCAUUUGCAAUAAAUAGUAUUAAACUAAGCUUGUACCUGCUUAAACCUGCCCUUAGAACAUGUUUUCUACUUCAGCUAGAGUACAAAAUUUAAAGAUUUUUAAGAAUCAGUCUCAUUUGUCAGCCUGAAAUGGUACUUGUAUUUUGGGUGCUUUAAAUUACCUAAAUUUCAGUCUAGUGGUUCCUAACCCACUAAUCCUUUUAUGCGGGUUGUUUCUGCAAGUAACUUUUUCUUAUUUCUUAUUUAAGAGUUCUGGAGAAUAUCUUAGAUGAUAAAUCUGCAAAUUUGAUAGCACAGCCUUUCUCUUGCCUCGGCAUGUGUUUUGUAAGCGAAGCAAAUGUCAUGAUAUUCGAAGGAAGUGAGAGCGAAAACGAUCCGGUUAACUUGAUUCCCUACUACGGUCGCCACCACUCGCAUCACGACUACCUGGUACGUCACGUACCGUUGCUUGGCAACGCACCACUGACCACGAGCAUCGCAGACCCGGAAGAAAGAUCGUUCCGUAUUUUCCUCAACCACCUCCAACGUCAGCUUGAAGUGGUCGAACGCGACUACACGCCCAUCGUGCAUGGUGGGAUUUUAGAAUUCAUUGUGCAUUUCGGUCGGCUGUAUACGUUUCACGUUCCCAGAUCCAUGACUGAAGAUACCGACCCGACGACUGUUAAAACGGUUCAAAUAUCCCUCAAGAAAGGUUUCGAAAGCAAAGCGGCCUGUCUCAUGUCUUUACAGCCAACAAGUUCUACCAGAAAGCUUUUCCGUCUUAAACCUAGGCGCCUCAAGAAACAAAAGCAGUCCGAAACGAAAAAAGACGAAGAAAAGACGGGAAGAAAAAACGAAAAACGAUCGCCCAAACAUUCGUUUUUCACAAACAUCCCAGAAGAAUGUGCCGCCAAGAUAAUCACAUAUCUCGAAAGGCGAGGUUUCGCCGAAGACUCAAACCUCGGCUCUCCUUAUCUGUUGGUCACUGUCAACGCGGACGAUGGAAGAGAGUGUGACAUCACCUACGAUUCCGAUAUUAAACCGAAGUCCAUCCGAUCAGCGAAACUACGAUGGUUCGUCGCCGACGUGAAACGCCCGUGGCAAGCACGAUCAGUCGUUACCGACGAACAGUUCAAUCCCGACAUGCUUAAUGGCUCGGAAUGUGACUUGAGGUCAGUGGCUUUCUAUAUGUUACUAUCCCGAAAGGGUGGGUGGUAGCGAAGUAGUUGUAGCCAACUACAAUUUUCAAGUAGCCAGUAGUUUUUGACUACAUUUUUAAAACAAAAGCUGUAGUUAUAGCAAACCACAUUUUGCCUAAAAGUAGCCAAAGUAGUUGGCUACUUUUCAAACAACGAAUCGCUAUUCGCUACUUUUUAAAAUUGUUAGCAACUUGAUAGAAUAGCAUGAUAUUGAGACACGGUUUGCUUAAAAUCAAUACUCAAUAGUCAAUUUGUACUCCUGAACACUGUAGUGUUUACAGAAAUGUUGCUUUGUGUUUACCGUUGCUACUCGUAAGUCGAUUUGUUAUAGGUUACAUUACAGCCUGAGAGAAACUAAAAAAUAUGGCGUAGCGAAAUAGUUCGCUACAAUUUUUAAGCAGUAGCUGUCGUCAGUAGCGAACUACCUUUGUUCAAAAGUAGCAGUAGUUGUAGCUGACUACAUAUUUUUGAAGUAGCUGUAGUUAUAGCGAACUACAAAAAUUUUGUAGUCAACCCACCCUUACUAUCCCGAAAUAGAGAGUUUGGCAAAUACAAGGGCAACGGCAACUGCAAUAUGGUCAUCAACAAUAGCAUUAAUCCUCAAAGACAAAGGCGAAUGUAAAUUGCAUGGUCUUAAGCGUUGUGCAAUGCCGUAGUUGUUGAAACUAGUGCGUGAUUUGCAUCAUUUUCACGGUGCAUGACUACGGCAUUAAUUCGUUCGAUGUUAUUUGAGGUGUUUUAUUUGAAUUCGCGGACUAUUUUUACUUAAGCCAGGGUACGUUUGAAAGAAACAGGAAUACUUAAAGAGGCAAAUUAAGUGUAGUAACGUAUACUUUGGCUCAAAUACAACAAUAUAAGCAAUAUUUUCCCCGUUGCCGUUCUAGGUUGCCAAACUCUCUAAUAACGGACCCUGACCGUUACCCCAUGGCCAGGAUGUAGGCAUCUCACUUGAUAGAACUGAUUGUUGAAGGCAUUUGACCCAUCUUAGGAUGUAGAUAAAAAUUUCAAAGCCCAUCUAAUAUUACAAAAAACAUUUUUCAUGACCCACCCAAUCUAAAUUGGGAAGAUACACUUUUAUAAUAAAAAAAAAACUUGCAGGCAUGAACAUUGUAAAUACACACAGCACUGUAUUGACAUACAUAAUUCCACCAAGCUUGACCAACACAUUGAUACUGAGCUGCUCUCCAGUUGGUUGUAUUUGCUGUGAUUCGACCACUUCGUGUUGUUGUAUAAACAAAGUACUGGCUUCAAUAGCAUCAUUUGCAUUUGAUAAUUUGGAUAGUUUCAGGGGCGGCGGAACAGGGGGGGCUAGAGGGGCUAAAGCCCCCCAGAAGUAAAAGUGGGGGGGCUUAGCCCCCCCAGAAAAUUUGAAUUUUUUGAAAAAGUUUUGAUAAUUAGGGAAAAAUUUAGGUUAUUUUUUUAAAAUUUAGGUAUAAGGGGACAAAUUUGCAAUAUUUUGUUUAAAAAAAGUGUAUUUCCGACAAAUUUUUUUGAUAUAAGUCCGAAAAAAUUUUUUUCGUCCUGUUUUUUAUAUAUUGUACCCCUAAAGUGGUACACUGACCGAAAUUUUUUUUUUUGGGGGGGGGGGAGGUCGCCGAAAAAAUUUAGCCCCCCGGAACGAAAUCUGUUCCGCCGCCGCUGGAUAGUUUUGUUUACUUUUAUUAUUAAUAUCUUUAUUUUUUGAAGUAGACAUGCAUGGGUUUUUGUUUGGUGGCCCAACCGUGGACAUACAAAAAAAUUGGCGGCCCAUCACAACUGCCUAAAGAUUUUCCAUGGCCCAUCCCAAAUCACUUCAGCCCACCCUAGAAGUUACUUUAUGACCGGUCCCUUAGGUUUAGCCAUAGAUAUCUUGUAUACACUAUAGAAAGUGCAUCUACUUAUUCUGGGGUCGGUUGUUCAAAGCUGGAUUAGCGAUAACCCUCGGUUAAAAUUUAACCUGCUGUUUUAGUUUGUGUAUUUCUGCAAGUCUGUUUAUUUCAAAACUUCAGAGGACACAACUCCUACUGACCCAGACAAGAUUUCUGAAGAAAUAUUUUCAAAUUUAUAAACAAGCUGUUGGGAAGUCUAGGCUUUGAAUUUUAGGUUAACCUAGGAUUAAGCUAAUUGGCUUUUGAACAACACUUACAACAGGCCCCUGCAAUUCAAAAAUUGAAGCCGUGAUUGCAGACUCAGGAUAUUCCCAUGAAAUGAGAAGACUCGUAUGUUUUCUAUUUCUUAAACAGGGAACUUAAUUAAACAUUAAGUUAAACCUAUUGGCUGUUCCAAAUACAUUUUCAAACUAUUCAAAUAAUGAAAGUUAUUGUUGUUUUUUAAGCGUUUAUUAGCGAGUGGGAAACUCCAACAUGACCGCCAUCUAUUCAAAUGGGGGUAACCGCUGGAAUAUUCUUGGCUUCAAUUUUACUAAAAGAGAUGCGUUAUCUAGUGUAUAUAAGAUAUCUAUGGGUUUAGCUCGGUCAAAAUCUGACAACGUUUCUGACAGCGAAAAAAUUUUUCCGGACAUAAACCAAUUAAAUUAAGGGUCAAAAAAUUUUUUUCGGACAAAUUCAUGUUAAAACAUGGAUGAAACCCUUAUUUUUUUACCAAUAUCUGUAAAAUUUAGGUCUAUAAAUUCUAUUCAAUUCCCUCUGGAAGCCCUGGAAUCUACUUAAUAACUCUACAUUCUAUCAUUUAAAAUCUUUCAUUGCCCUGCCAAUCCAGAUGAUUUGUACUUGGGGGGGGGUGUCACACCCCCUCAAGUUUCGCCCCUGAGUACUCAUCUACGUUAGUGGAAGUCAAAUCUGAAUCUCUCAAUUGACUUUUUAGGUUAAUGAUAAGAUCUUUCGAAAAUUUCCCGCCGAGCGCUGUCGACAAUUUACCACAAAAGAAAUUCUUUGAUAUACUCAAGCCGAUAGCAGAACCACAGCCCGCAAAGUCACCACAACGCGCAAAGUCGCCACAACCCGCAAAGUCGCCACAGCCCGCAAGUUCACCAUACCCGUUUCUCAUCAACUUGGAUUUCAAGAACAACCUUGCAAUAAUUCGUCAUCACGUGGAGCAACGGGUAAGUAUUUGACAAAUUUAAAUGUGUUGCUUAAGUUUUCUGUAAAAUUGAAACAGUGAUAGCCAUUCUUCUCUGUGUCAAAUACCCUUUCGAUGCAAUGUUUCGAAAGAAACUUUGCAGUAAUGUAAUGAAGGACAAACAGGAUUAGUCAUACACUCAACAAGGGUUGAAAUGACGGGCGCCAAGUCGUCAAAUGUGACUAAAUUGUUCAUCUGGCGACCAGAUAUUUAUCAAAGGUAGCUCACGUGGCGAAUGAGAAAAAAUAUUCCAAUCUCUCAAGUACUUUAUUCUGCUUUUGUAGUUUUCUAUAUACGGCAUUCCAUGGGGGCUCGAGAGUUAAUUAAAUUAAACCGCUGCACCUCUCCUAAAUUUUUUCCGACCUCCUCAACCCAGGCCUGCAAAUUAGUGUCGGUCAUUGGACAUUGUCCGGCCAAAUUUUACCUUUUGUCCGAUCAAAGCUUUUUAUGACCGAACAUGUGACCGACCGGUUCAGGCUGGCCCAAUCUCAAAAAAUUGGUCAUUUAACACAUUUUUUAUUAAUGAAACCAACAAGGAAGCAAUAUAGGCGGCACUUCUCCACUAUUAGUUGCUGCAUUCAGCUGUAAGAUUUAAUUAUAAAUCAACAUCACCUUCGUAUAUAACAUGGUAGAAAUUAAAGUUAUGUAUAUAACCUGAACUAUAAUUUACUGAUCCAUUAGGACUGGUAGAUAUAUUCUCAGUUUUAGAUGCAUCUAACAUACAUGACCAGGCAAAAAACAUCGUUCUAAUUUUUAAAAAAAUAUAUGAAAAAUUUUACUUCGUCCGUUGUCCGAGAAAAAUUGAUAAAUGUUCGUAAAAUAAUUAUUUGCAGGCUUGCAACCAUUUCCACCAAAUCUGGCCUUGACGAUUAGGAAGUCGUUUCAGACUUUUAUUAGAGAGUUUGAGCAAGACAACGAAGUACGAAGACGAAGGCAUACUUGACAAUUUUUGCCGUAUGUACAUUAUCUUGCGCAUACUGAGUUGGACGUCACUGGUGGUUGCACAACGUAUCUUCCCAUGUGUCACUGUUUAUGAAUACUGACCAUAAAUCUUGCCCUGAUCCAGAAAAAACAGCGAGACAUGAAACUAUAUAUCCCGUCUUUGUCCUUCUGCCUUCGUGCAGAACGAGUUUCACAACGAAAUUUGCCAAAGUAUUCGUUGAGAACGAAGGCAGAAGACGAAGACGGGAUAUGGAUUCAUGUCUCGCUGUUUUAUCUUGAUCAGGGUAAGGAUUUGGGUCAGCAUUCACAAACAGCCAGGCAUAAAUCUCUAAUCUGUUUUCACUCCUGACCCUAAACUCAGAAUGUGCAAGGUAAUGUGCAAGACAGGCAAAUAUUGUCAACCACGUCGUCGUUGUCCGACUUCGUUGUCUUGCUCAAACUCUCUAUUAAAUCGUCUCAGACUUUAAACACGUCCUCCAAAUUAAUAUAAACAGGGCCAAUUAUCUUCUUCAUUAGGUAUUUACGCACAGGAUCGACAGCAUAGAUACAAAUGAUGACUUCCUAGCUUCGACUACAGUGAGUUUUGAUGAGGUCGUCGAAUAUUCAAGGCUCAAAGUAAAUGGUCGCUACGAAAGUGUUUUCAGGAGACAUGAAAUGACCAUACAGCCACAAAUACCAGCGAACUGGACCUCUCGGGAUGUGCUCGAAAAAUUCGCCUGGAAUAUUUGGACGCUGGCGAACGAAAUCGCAAGACAAGCGUAUCAGUGAAGGACGCCGAGUUCUUCAAUUUGAUUAAAACCAGUUUUAACUAGAAUCAUUUCUUAGAUUUAUAGGAAUUUUCAAUACUACACAAUCAUACAGAACUUAUAAUAGCAAAGAUACAAAAUACAGCAAGAUAUCGUAGAAGUUAGUAAAUAGCAUUAGUUAUACACAUUAAUUGUAAAGCUAGUUUAAACGGAUCCAACAAUUUUCUUAAUUGACAUUUGUAGUUAACCUGCCUUAUCAAAUAAAUAAUGAACGAAUGAAUUUUCUAAUAACGUUUCAUACUGCUUCUUUCGCAAAUAUUUUAAAGUAUAGACAAUCAAUUUGGAUAAAUCAUCAUAUGAUUUGGAUAAAUCAUCUUAUGAUUUUAUCCAACAAUUAUAGCAGUUAACCAUUUAGAUUUUGGGCCAACGUUGUCCGUUCAUCUGUUUGAUGAACCUACACACGUAAAAACGCGCAAGUUAUUAUAGAUCUGCAAACAAGUUGUAAUAAGGUUGUUGUCAAGACGAUAUUAGGAGAUGUGUUCGCACUGCUGUUAUGACAAGUCUGAAACAAGUUGUUAUAACUUGCUACAAGUUGUUACAACAAGACUAGCACAGGCUGUUCGUAAUAAAUUGUUACAAACUUGUUGUCGUCAACUUGCUAACAACUUGUUACGUGCAUGCGACAUCAGGCUUGGUGGAACAACUUGUCGCGAGUCUGUUGGCCUCAUCAACCUUGUUACAAGAUGAUAACUUGUUCCAGAUUUGUCAACAAUUUGGAACAAGAGCGAACACAUCUUGUUGACAAACUGUGACUGAGGUUUUUAUGUAUGUAUAAUGUAACCUAGUACAAAAAUGGUUGUCAGUACUAUAAAAGUAUAAACUUACAUGCAUUGAUAUUAAAAACGAAUAAAUAUUUUUUCAAAGUGAAUCCUUCAAAUUCAUGGAGUUCGCACUGUGGCAAAGACAUGCCAACACACAUCCUAAAUAUGUCCAAGUUACCACAUAAACCUUUGAAUAUCAUUCGAGUUCGGCCACUUAAAUGGCUUCUUCAGAAAUGCCCACACGGUGAAAUAAUUGAUCGCAGCAUACAUAAUAAACUCUGCACCAAGUUUCCACAAUUCAGGUUUUUUAAUAUGAAUCCUGAACAUAAGAUAAGGCACGAUAAAAUAUCGAAAUUCCAGUAGCCCCUGGGGGAUGAGCACCACAGCCACACAAACACCAUACACUAUCUUCCACAAUCUCGAUCGGUCUAUUGAUACAAAUAUCAUCGUCAUGGCAACCAAGUAAACAGGAAUAAGGGCGACUUUCGCCUCCGGAUAAGCCUUGUAAAUGUUUUUCCAAACAUAAAAUGGGUAAUGACGGUUAUCAGCUAGCAGGUACGGAUGGACGUAGGUAAAAUUUUUAACAAGGUAAUAGACGCCAAAUAAAAUGAUAAUCACUGCAGAAUGGUAACGUCGUUGAUUCAAACUUAGGAAGUACGAGAGGGUCCCGUAGAUUGUACUUGGCGACGAUAGAUGGGGAAAGCUGAAGAACAUGGCAAAACACGCAAAAUAAAAAAUCUGCGGGAAAUUAAAACACACUUUAUGGUGAUUCUUGUCACCAACAGCAAUGCCACCAUUUAUGAAUAGAAACACCACAAAAAAUAUCAUGACCAAUGCAUAUGGCCAUAGGACUCGGAUGGUUAUUUUAAUGUUCAAUAUCACUUGUUUAACAAAUUCCACGAUUAGAUUCAAAGAUUCGUUUGAACGUGGGCCAAGCUUGAACAUGACUACAGGCUCAUACAUUCUGACAGCAGUCACUCCGGCUGUAAAGACGACCCAGACAAUGUUUGUUUGCCGAAAGAAGAAGGCAUACAUUCCGACAAUGGCCGCAGGAACAUGAUAAUCUCCAAGACUUAGAUAGUACAUGAACAACACAAGAAAUGUCGAGCCGUUGUCUGUGUAGUAAAGAAACAUGAAGAAAAACAACAGAGGGAAAAGUCCGAGGGUUAUUCCAGUCGCUGUUUGGUAAAAUUUGUCCUUCUCUUCAAGCUCCUCUUGGUUGUUGUUCGUUGAAGUUGUGGAACUCUCCGUCUGU